AUGCAAAAGUAUACGAAUCUGAUAAGAAAUCUCGAGUCUUCAAAUACCAUGGAUAAUCGUCGAUCGAAUCGUAUCCACAGAUUUCAGCCAAAGUUCAUUUCACUUGUGGAUGAUGGUUUAUCAGAUUACAUGAAUCUAAUUGGAAUGCUUUGCUCUAUGUGUGCAUUGAUGCUCAAGAUAAAAUUGUGUGGAUGGAUUGCAUUAUUUUCUGCAAUUGUCGGCUUUGCCAAUUCGCGAGUGUCGGAAGAUGGUAAACAAGUGUUUAGUAGUUUCAUGCUUUCAGCAUCUGCUAUUGUUAUUACCUAUAUGCAAAAUCCUGCACCUAUGAAGAUUCCAUAUUUCGAAUGA